AUGGCAAACAAGCAAGAAACACCAACAACGGCCCUUCCUACUACCACGACGAGUGGCAUGGGUGCAUCCCACCGUCGCUCGAGCAGCGGCAUCUCCGACGACGUGGCCAAAUCGGCCCACGACUUCAUGGCCGGCACCAUCCGGCGCUCGUCCAGCGGCGUGACUGACGACGCUGCCCGCGCCGCACGCGACUUCAUGCGCUCCUCCGCCACCAACAAAGCCCCCGGCCUGACAGAUGACCUUGCCGACAAGAUGCACACGUUCAUGGAAGGCCCCGCCACGCACCGGGAGAGCCACAGUAAAUACUUGCCCGACGUCACGCUGCCGGGCAUCACGGACGAAGUGGUCGAGGAGGCCCUCGAGUUUGUCGAUGGCAUCGAGAAGAGCGUCGCCAAGGAGGCUUGA